AAACGUUAGUAUGCGAAAAUUUGAAUUAAAAGUUGUUUUUUGUUUACUAUCCUAAAUUGAUUCUUGUUUUCUGUACUUAACAAUUAUGUUUUUUAAUUGACUUUAACUAGAUUAGUUAAAAUUGGAUUGAAUAAAAAGUUGAAAAAUCUACAUUUUGGGAUUUAAAUGUUACCUAACAACAUGCCACAGCUAUCUCUUGUUGCUCAAUAUGAUGAUUUAUGCCGACACACCAAAAGUUUGACAGAGGGGUGUGAAAAAGAAUUCAAGCAAUAUGUUGAAACUAAAAAACGGCUCCAUAGACGGAGAAAAGAAGCUGAAGCCGAACUGGAAAUGCUCAGAAAGAGAGUAGCAGAGUUAGAACGUGGGAAACAAAAAUUUGAAACGCGUUUAAAACACAUGAAAAGUACGAUACUGGCAGAAAUUGAAAAACGCAAGAAGUUAGAGCAAGAGAAAUCAUCUAUGGAAACAAUUAUAACAUUGAUUAAAGAAGUACUUUUAUCCAAUGGAAAUACUAUAGAUAAUCAGACAAAGGAGAAACUUUUCCAACUUAGCUCAAAUUAUAGAAAUCAGGGCGGUUCUCCUUCUCGUUUGACGACUAUUGAGGAAUCAGUGGGCUCUCUCUUGUCUGAUUCUGAAUGCGAUGAAAGUGAGGAUGAUAUUCACAUUGCUGUAACUCAGCGGAAACGUCGCUCUAAAGGAAAGUCCUCGAACAUUAAUGAGCAUUCAUUAAAAAAGAGAAAGUCUGAGGAGAAAGCUAACAGUCCUUGUUUCGAUGAUGAUUUUUGUCUUGAAAGUGAUUAUGUGGCCAAGAAAAGUACUGUUAAAUUUUGCAGCAACAGUGAACUGACUUCAGAUUCAUCAGAUGCUCCACCUUCUCGCCCAGUUUUAAGAUCAGAGUCAGCUCAUUCUUCAGUAAGAAAUUACGAUUUAAAACGAAAUGAUUACAUUGGAAGCACACCAACAGGACGUUACAGUUUGGGCGGCCGUGCUAAUAAACCUCACGCAUUUGCAGUGAAAACCGUUAUAAGAACUGAAAAAUGUUAUCCAUGUGGUAAAGUGAUAAAGUUCUGUAAACAAGUCCUGAAGUGUGGUAAUUGCAGAAUGACUUGUCAUCCUGAAUGUAAAGAUCAAUGUCCUGAACGCUGCAUUCCUGCAAAUUUUACUCCAACCAAAGGAGUGCCGGGAACACUUUGUGAUUAUACACCAUCAACUCCACCUAUGAUACCACCCUUAAUUAUCCAUUGCGUUAGCAAAGUAGAAUCGAGUGGCUUGAAAGAACUUGGAUUAUAUAGAGUAUCUGGAAGUGAGCGUGAGGUAAAGGAAUUGAAAGAAAAGUUUUUGAAUGGCAGAAGUAUACCUUCAUUAAAUGGUGUAGAUAUCCAUGCAGUUUGUGGUACAAUUAAGGAAUUUUUAAGAUCGCUAAAGGAUACUUUAAUAACUAAAGCAGCAUGGCAGAUAUUUGUAGAUGCAGCAAAUCGUCACGAUGAGGAGCAGAGCUUUAACAUGCUCCUUAAUGCUUUCAGUGACCUCCCUCAACCAAACAGGGAUACUCUUGCGUUUCUUAUUUUACACUGGCAAAAAGUUGCCGCUUCAAGAGAAUGUAAAAUGAAUAUUGACAACCUUGCCAGAGUGGUGGCUCCAACAGUUGUUGGUUUCUCUGAAACUGAACCAGCUAAUAUGUUGACAGAGACAAGGCUCAUUUGUCGAGUGAUGGAACGUCUUCUUAUGAUACCCUCAGAUACCUGGCAAAAUAUGUUAACUGUUGAAACUGAGCAAUUCCAUACCCCAAUGAAAACUCCAGAAUGUACCCCAGCUCCAGUUACAAGUCGAUUGGGGCCUAUUUUAACUUCUGGUCAGAAAAUGAAGAGUACAACAGUUGUAAAAACUCCCUACAGAUCUAGGACUCCUAGAACUGAUUCCAAAGUGGGAAGGAGACAGUUCUUUUCUUCUCCUCUUAUCAAGAAUUAAAAUGUGUGUUUGUGUACAGUAAACAUUAUAUUCAAUAUUUCAUUUUUUAUUUGCUUAUUAGGCUACUUGUAGGACAGCUUUUCGGUUAUUUACUUAUUCAUUGUUCUUAUCUAUUACUUUUUGUUGCAAGUAGUGUUCUUUGUAACUAUCUUAUUUAACUAUUCUGUUUAUUUAAUCGUCUAUAACUAUUUUACUAACAAGCUUAAUAAUAAAAAUAAAGAAUCAGAUGAGUUUCCUAGUGUGAUUUUUCUAUUGCAUGAUUUAUUUGUUUACUAAAUUAUAAAAUUUCAAAAUUGUAGGCACUUAAUAAUUAUUGCAUUUGAUUUUCUUUAAUAAUUUGUUUCUGAUGCAACUAGUCAGGUCAGAAAUUUUUUAACUCACAUUUAUUUAGAAAUUGUUUGUAAAUGAAAUCUGUAGUUAAUGUAUUUCUUGGCAUUAUUUAUUAGCUAAGUAUUUAGACUCUGUAAAUAUUGUAUAAAGUGAUUAUUGUAUUGUAUACUCUGUAGCAAUAUUGGAAUGGGAAAUAAAAGUCUGAUUUCAA